GGUGGCAUUGUGAUGUAAUAUAUAAGUGUGAUGGAACAAUACCAUAUAUUAGGUCGUAUUGGGGAGGGUGCACAUGGGAUUGUCUUCAAGGCAAAGCAUAUUGAGCGAGGUGAAGUAGUAGCUUUGAAGAAAGUUCCUCUCCGUAAGAUAGAGGAUGGGAUUCCCAACCAAGCACUGAGAGAGAUCAAAGCCUUGCAGGAGAUUGGAGGAGAUAGUGAGGACGCUCAGAAUGUGGUUAAAUUACACGACGUGUUUCCCCACGGCACCGGGUUCGUCCUUGUAUUCGAAUACAUGUUGUCCGACCUCAGUGAGGUCAUAAGGAAUUCUGAGCGUUCGUUAACGGAGAGUCAGAUCAAGAGUUAUAUGAUGAUGCUGUUGAAAGGGGUCGCGUUCUGUCAUCAGAAUAAUAUAAUGCAUCGUGAUUUAAAGCCGGCCAACUUAUUGAUAAGUUCAACAGGACAUCUAAAGAUCGCCGACUUUGGGCUUGCUCGGGUGUUUGAUAAUGAUGCAGAAAGAUUGUACAGUCAUCAAGUUGCUACAAGAUGGUACCGAUCACCUGAGUUAUUAUACGGUGCACGAAGAUACGACGAAGGGGUCGACUUAUGGGCAGUGGGAUGCAUCUUUGGUGAGAUGCUCAAUAACUCACCUUUGUUCCCGGGUGAGAACGACAUCGAACAAUUAUGUUGUGUUCUACGCGUUCUUGGCACCCCCAAUGAAACAAUAUGGCCGGGCAUGUCCAUUCUACCUGACUAUAACAAGAUCACAUUCCCCGAGAACCCUCCUAUCCCACUGGAGGAGAUCGUUCCUGACGCUUCAGAGGAUGCUCUCGAUCUUUUGAAGAAGUUUCUCGUUUACCCUUCGAAUCAAAGAAUCGCCGCCACGCACGCCCUCCUUCACCCUUACUUCUUCACUGAACCUCUCCCCGCUCACCACUCGGAACUCCCGAUCCCACAACGAGCGCGAAAAUCUUCACGACAUCGAUCCAACUUCAAGGAAUACGACAUCGAUGUUCCGAUCGAACAUAGCUGUAUUGACCCAGCUCUUAUUGCAGAGUUCGCUAAUGUUUGAAGUUAUAUUUGAAAUUCUAAUUUUUUGGUGCCAUGUAGCAACAUCAUUAGAGCGUUUAAAUAUCAUUUCUGCUGGUUUAUUUUAGGGUUGAAAAGUAAUUUAUGAUCUCGUAUCAUUAUAGCCCAUGUUUAUGAAGUUUCAUUUUUCUCUUCGAAACUUCGUUUUUUAGUCACUACAGUUUUUAAAUUUUACUUUUUUUAUAGCUUUCAGUCAUUCGCAAUGAGUCGUUUAUAAAUAAUGUAAAAUGAAAUAAACUUUAUUUUUGUAGAA